AGUGAUUUAAGCGGUAUCUAGGUUGCCACAAGCACGAAUCAUGCCCACUUUUGCCAUUUACACCAAUCUUCCUAAAGACAAAAUUCCUGGAAGCUUUAUACUAGAUGCAUCAAGUUUUAUAGCUAAGAGGCUUGGAAAACCAGAGAGUUAUGUUACAGUCAGGGUACAUCCAGACCAAAUGAUGAGUCAUGGAGGAUCUACUGAUCCCUGUGGUAGUGUAGAACUGUACAGUAUUGGAGCAUUAGGAGAAAAGAACAAGGAACAUGCUAAAGAAAUAGCAGAUUUUAUUGAGAAGACUUUAGGAAUUGCACAAGAUAGAUUUUAUGUGACAUUUGUGGAUUUGGAAAGAGGAAAUGUAGGUCUCAAUGGAAAGACUUUUGCCCAAUAAAUAAUAUGCAGAUAUCAAUGGAAAGACUUUUACCUAAUAAAUGAUAUGCUGACAGAAUAGUUAUGAAGAUGUAUGUUAAUUUUUUGUGCCAUUUUAUGUUAUUUCUGGCUUUGAAGAUAACUACAAACAGUUUGAAUAGACCAUUGAAAGUUAAUCAUCGAAUAAAUAAUUGCAGAGCAUGACAUGAAACUAGAAUGUACUUUGUGAUAAAGGUCUAUGAUAUAUCUAUAUCUGUUGUAUGUUAUUGUGCAUAAAACUGUUUUUGCUUUUGAUAUGUAGUUUUUAAUUAAAAAUAACUGUUACUAAACAUUAUUUUUGUUUAAGCAUUUUUUUAACAACAUAUGUUCGGAACAAAAUGUAUACUUUUUGUUAAAUACCAAGAUUUUUUGUAAUAUUGUCUCUGUAUCAUAAUUAAUUGGAUUAAAAUAUAAAAAAUGAA